AUGGUUCGCAUCAACUCUGCAGCCCUUUUGGGCUCUGCCAUUGUUGGUUUGGCCAGCGCAGCUGGCGCUGGUACCAAGGCUGAGUACGCGUCCGGUGCCGUUCACCAUCGCAUCAUGGGCAUCAAGAUGGCUCAAUGGGAAGAGGAAGCUGCCGCCGGCCUCAUGGACAGUGCCAAAUACCCCGAGCUCAGCUAUACUCCCUGCGUUGACGGCUUUGCUGCCGCAAUUCCCGGAGACUUCAACAACACCUUCAGAUGCAGAAAUAUCGAUCUGUACCACUUCUUGUCUCACGAGCAGCUCGGCAGCUGGGGCGGAAGAGGUUCAUCUUCCUGGGGUUGGACUUCGGCAGACGGGAGAGAAUUCGUCGCCAUUGGCCAAUACGACGGCACUGCCUUUGCUGAAAUUAGCAAGGAGGGCAAGCUGGUAUACUUGGGCCGUCUGCCUCAGUACGACUCCAUCGGUUCCAACUGGAGAGAAAUCCGAAUCGUCGGUGACAUUGCCGUCAUUGGUUCCGAGGCCAUCAAGCACGGCGUCCAGUUCUUCGACAUGAAGAAGAUCCUCGACCUCGACCCCGCGAACCCAAAGAACUUCACCCAGGCCGAGCUCACCGGCCACUGGGACGAGCUCCCCGUCGGCCGUACCCACAACAUCGUCGUCAACCAAGAGCUCAACUACGCUAUUGCCUGCGGUUCCGUCGGUGGUAACGCGACGAUUCGUGUAAGAGACAACCUCCCCUGCCGCGGCGGGUUGAUCUUCCUAGACAUCAGUGAUCCCACCAACGUCACUAGCCCCGGAUGCGCAGCCGGCGACGGCUACGUCCAUGACGCCGAGUGCCUCGUCUACCGUGGCCCCGAUACCCGCUACUAUGGCCGAGAUAUCUGCUACGGUUACAACGAAGACACUUUGACCAUCUACGAUGUCACCGACAAGACCGGCAACGUCACCAACAUCAUCUCCAUCAGCGACUACCCCGGCGCUCAGUACGUCCACCAGGGUGUCGUUAACAACGAGACUUGGCAAGAGUACAUCUUCCUCGACGACGAGUUCGACGAGCGUGACGCCAAGGUUGGCCCGAUGACUCAGGGCCUUCCCACCACUCACAUCUUUGACAUCCGCGACCUCGAGAAGCCCGUAUACACCGGCCACUACGCCGGCAAGACCCGCUCCAUCGACCACAACCAGUAUAUUGUUGGCGGCUACCUCUACCAGUCCAACUACGGCAACGGCCUAAACGUCAUCGACGUCAGCAGCGUCACCAAGGACCCCACUGGGGCCAGCAUCUGUGAAGCCGGCUUCUUCGAUAUCUACCCCGAAGACGAUGAGGAAGUCGGCGGCGGCAAGGUCCAGUUCGCCGGUUCCUGGUCAUCGUACGCCAACUUCAAGUCCGGCUUCAUCUUUGUCCACACUAUCGAGCGCGGUAGCUUCGUCGUCAAGAUGACUUCCAAGGAGUGCCCGAAGGCGCCUGUGUGCAACGCGGAUAACUGCCUCCGUGCUCUGCGGGCUUCGUCCAUCCCGGAUCGCUUGGAGGAGUCCGUCGAGUUCUGCGGCAACUUCACGCAGCGACUGAACACGGACGAGGAACUGCUGCCAGAGUAUGCCACCAGCGCUUGUGUCGAGAACAAGGACAAGAGCCCUGUUGAGAGGGUUAGCAGUGCUUGCGCUUGUAUCCCUACCCCUGUUGUGCCUGAGUUGCCUAGAACAACGACACGGCCUCCUGUGCCGACGGUGCUGCCUCCUAAAGCCUGA